AUGGACGCUGCGAUGACGACCCAGAGCCCUACUGACGCGCAGGGCGCCGGUGGUGAUUAUAUCGAGGGGAAGGCCUCUCAAGCUGUCAGCCUUCCAGAUGCGUGGAGAGAGCGGUUCAGGGACCUGAUCACGACCCAUCUGCGCAUGGACGGCGCCAUGCAGCAGCAGGCCACGGAGCUCUUUUCCGCCUUCCAUUCAUUCGCCUUACUUCAACCCCACCUUCCUUCCCCUGCGCCCUCCGCAUUCCCCGCGUUACCGUACCCAUCUGCGCAUGGACGGUGCAAUGCAGCAGCAGGCAAUGGCGCUCUUCUCCGCCUUCCUUUGGGUAACCCAACUCAUCUAUCCCCCCAUGCGCCCUCCACAUUCUCCCCCUCGCCCCCGUGCGCGCAGACCCAUCUGCGCAAUGCAGCAGCAGGCCACGGAGCUCUCCUCCGCCGUCCAUCCAUCAGCCUAACUCACGUUCACACCCAUCUGCGCAUGGACGGCGCAAUGCAGCAGCAAGCCAUGGAGCUCUUCUCCGCCUGCUACGCGCUCCUCGCGCCCUCCCUCGCUUCCUUCGGCGCUCCCGAGUCCCCGGAUGACAGCGAGCGCGCCUGGAGCGCAUGCGUGCUGUUCGUGGUGCGAAAGCUAGGCCCUGCGAAAGCAGCAGAGGAGGCGGCUGCCAGAGCAGGACAAAUCGCGCCGCCUGGAUCCUCGCGGUCCCAGUGGCCCUGGUUCACCCUGUCAGAGCUGCUGCGCUCCACCAAGCUGACAGUGGUGGAUUUCUUCAAGGAGAUCGCCAACUUCCUGCCACGUGUCAGUCCUGUGAUGCAGGCGGCGUAUGGGGACUUGUGGGAGCAGAGGCUCGAGGUGAAGGAGCUUCAAGCCAACUUCGUGCAUGCAAUCGUGCUAUUCAACCACUACAAGAAGAUGUUUGCAGAGCUCUUCAUCUCCUCUCCCCCGCCCUCCCUCCCGUCGGGCGCACCUGCUCCUCCCACUGCCGCAGCCGCCUCCCAAUUCUCCCGGGAGAUGCGCUUUGGCUGGUUGCUGUUCCUCUCCAUCAAGGCGCACCUUCUCAGAAGGUUCCCGGAUCUUGUCACUGCGACAAACGCGAUGCUCUGCACGCUGGUGGUGCUCAUAGUCCACGUUCCCCCGUCUCUCCGCCGAUUCUCCUUCUCAGAUCCUGUCAGAUUCUCGCGCCGAGCAGGGCGAGAACGGCUAGUGGACGUGGUGGGGUCGCUGUGUGCGAGCUACAAGGCAGCAGAAGGCGAAGUAUCCUCCCUCCUCGAGCGCACCCAGCAGCUCAUGACCCGCUGCCUCGCCCGCCAGGCAGCCCCAGCAACCUGCGAGCAGCACGACGCGGCAGACCUCUGCCCCGACAGGCUGUUUCUCUUUGAGGGGUUGCUGCAGGACGCGGCGGCGCUGCCCAGUGUGGAUCUGGUGGAGGGGGCGUACCAGGAGGCGUAUGUGGAGGCGGGCGACAGGGCACUGGACGAGAGGAUGUUUCUGUCGGGGGACGGGCAGGUCAUUGGGGCUGUCUCCCAGCUCACUGCUGCCUCCUCCGCCAAGGUCAUUGGAGCUGUCUCGCAGCUCACUGCUGCUACUUCUAUGGGGGCUGUCAAGGUGAGUGGUACUGAACGGUACUGUGUGGCUCAGAGUGGGGUCUGCCACCAAAUGCUGUCGGGAGAUAGGCAGGUCAUUGAGGCCGUCUCGCAGCUCACUGUUGGCGCCCUCAGCUUAGCUCACCCAAAUGGCCAGCGCUCCAUGCCUCCCCCGUCCCCCCUUAAGAGCGCCCCCACAGGCGCAAUGAACGCCCCUUCCUCCCCUUUCGCCAGCGCCAUGGGCGCAGGGGGAGGCGCAGGGGGGGAGGGGCGCGGGGGGGGCAGCACCACUAUCACCAUCGCCCCCUUCUGCUCCCCCGCCCGCUCCUUCCUCACUCGCCUGGGCCCAGGGGGAAUAGGGGGAACAGGGGGAACCGGGGGAGGGGGAGGGGGGGUUGGAGGGGGGAUGGGGGUUCCCCAGACCCCUAUCUCUGCAGCCAUGUCGACUGCUCAUUGGUUGAGAACCGUGGUGUCUGCUUCUCCUGCUGAGCCGUCUUUGGACCUGCUGUGGUUUCUGCACGCGUGCGACAAGGAUGUAACGGGCGCUGUGGUAACCAGAACGACCCUGGUUUCGCAUGAGAUCUUCUCUGCAGUGUCUCAAAAGAAACGAGCUGCCGCUGCUGCAGGGGCGGCCGGGGGAGGAGGAGGGAAGGGAGCGGCGGGAGAGGCAGGAGGAGAGAAGAAUGGAGCGGGGGCGGGAGUAGGUGACGCUGGGAAGCAGACCGACGGGGAAUCCGCAGCAGGGGGAGGCGGAGGGGGGAGCGAGGCGGCAGAGGCGGCGCUCUGGGCGGAGCAGAGGAGGCAGGAGACAGUGAAGCUGUACUACCGGGUGCUACUCCGCAUGUGCACGUCUGAGUCCCUCCGCAUCAACUCACAGAACCUCACUCCACUCCUCGAUAACGACCGGUUUCACCGCGCGCUCCUCGCCUGCUCUGCAGAACUAGUGCUAGCCAGCCACAAGGCGACGGCCCACGCGUUCCCUGCUGUGCUCGCCCCAGCGGGGGUGUCGGCAUUUGACAUGGAUAAGGUUAUGGAGGGGUUUGUGAGGUAUGAGGAGGGGCUUCCUGGGGAGCUGAAGCGGCAUCUGAACGCGUGUGAUGAGCGGAUACUAGAGAGUCUGGCCUGGGAGAAAGGGUCGAGUCUGUAUGUGACUGUGGUGGCGGCGAGGCGGCAUUUGCUGGCGGAGGUUAGGAGGCUUCAACUGCUGCCGGAAGGGGAGUUGGGGUUGGUAGUGGGGAGAGGAGCGGGAGGGAAGGGGAGUGGUGGGGACGGGGAGAAGGGAGAUGGCACGCCGGAGAGCAAGGGGAGUGAUGAAGCCUCCCCGCCAGCCCAGGCGUCCUUCCCCGCGUUCUCCCCCAUGAAGCCGCAGAACAAGCGGGAAUUCGCGCAUCUGCACUCCUCCUUCACCACUCCCUUCCAGCGGGCGUCGGCAGCAGCAGCGCCACCGGGGGAGAGUCGAUCCGAAAUGCUUUUCAACCAGUUCUGCCAAAAGGUUCUAAAACUUGCGGUUGUGCGAGUGCGCAGUCUGUGCGAAAGACUCCGAUUGACAGCAGCGGUAUCGGAGAUGGUGUUUCGAGUGGUGGAGCAUGCCGUGGAGGGCGAGGUGCAGCUGCUGUUCUGCCGCCACCUCGACCAAAUCAUUCUCUCUUCUGUUUACGGGGUCUGCAAGGUGUCGCAAGUGGCAGUUACAUUCAAGGACAUCAUCGCGCAGUACCGCAAGUUACCACACUGCAAACCCUCGGUCUUCAGAAACGUAUUCAUCGACGCCAAGCCACCCCCCGCUGACUCUGCCUCCAAGGAGCCCAUCCCUCAGCACGGAGACAUCAUUCGAUUCUACAACGAGAUCUUUGUACCGGCAACCAAGUCGUUCCUGCUGCACCUCGGCCACGGCGCCUCCACAGCAGGGGGCGCAGGAGGGGGAGCGGGGGAGAGGGGCGGGGGGCACGGGGGGAGCAUGUUCAGGAGUCCCCUGGUGCACUCAUCACCGGCUCUGGCGCACUUUCAGCAGCACCAGCAAUCACCGUCAUCUGUGCCGGGUGCAUCCCCCCGUCGCGUGUCCUCACGGCAUAAUGUCUACGUCUCCCCGCUGCCAACCUCUAGGAUGGAAGCUCUGUUGGCCUCCCCUCACCGCCAGCUGUCAGCGCAGCUGUCCACACAGCUGCUGGGAGGGGGCCUCUCAGCUGACCCCUUUGCGAGUCCAUCCAGGCACAUUGCGGCCAUCAACCAGCGUAUCAGUAGCAGCAGGUGA